UUUUUUUUUUUCUUUUCUGAUGGUACUAUAUAGUAUUUCCAUUAUUCAUGGACCAUUGUUUUCCCCAUUACGCCUUACUUAAUGGAAACUUGACGUUUUUUCCCUUUCUUCUCAUCUCUUUCCUGAUUCCAUUCAACCACUGAUCCCACCAUCACUGUCUCUUGAACAAACUCCCCCGACCCACGAAACUCAGGAGAUCCCUCUUUCUUCAAAUCAAAUCAAGUUCUCACCUCGUGAGCCGGUCAGUUAACAUCCACUUACCGAACGGAUCCUGUCACCAUCAAUAAUUUGCCCGCUUGGGGGGGGCGGCAGUCGUUCCAUCCGUAGCAUUCUGUGACUAACAGCUUCACUUUUUUUUUACCCACCACUUCUAUAGCCCCCCUCUACGUUUAAUCUUACCGGGAAAGUCUGUGUGGAAUCCGGGGAAGGAAAAGCUUUUUUUCUUUCUUUUUUCCCUUGCCUGACUUUCGGAAUUUUUUUUUUUUUUUUUCCUGUCUUCUUCCCUACGCCUGUUCCCUUUCCCCUCCCAUUGUACCAUCGGGGACUGUGCCCUACAAAGCUAUAUAGAGGCUUCCGCUAUCCACCAUGUCCUCCGCCGCAGGUCCUCCUGCGAUCCGCUCCAACAAGCCCCCCUCGAUUGCACUUUCAACUACUCGUGCUGGUGAUAUCUCUCCUUCCGACCUAUCUCGCUGUUCUUCACCUCACUCUUCCGUCUGUUCCUCGCCCGACGGUUCCAGAUCGACCAGUCGCCGCCGUCCGUCGGUUGGUUCGAUCAAAGAAGACGUUGACGGCAUUGCUCAGUCUUUCGUGGAUACGCAUAUCGACCAGCCUUCUCAAGAACAGCCUAAACCGACGCCCGUCGACAUGCAGUCAACCCCCGACUUCUGCUGCCCCUGUGGUGGCUUUCUAGGGUGGAAGCAAAUUAGGCUUGGUGGAAAGAGUCUCAGUAGGAGCUACAGCGAUUUGCGGGCUCUCGGUAAUAUGCAUGCCCGCGGCUGGGCCUGGGAAUCGCCUCCGCCGCCCGUGAAAAAUCCACCCCCUACUAAGACAUUGCAGGUGGAACAGCCGAAACCGACCGCUGGCUUGUCUCGUAUGGAGACCCUCCCUUCUGAAGUGCUCGACCAAAUCAUAUCAUACUUGGCGUUGGACGUGCCUCCCAACGGGUAUACGCCGCGAAAUGUAGACCUGAUUUCGUGCCUGCUUACCUCCCGGACGUUGCACGCGGCCACCCUAGGUGUGUUGUACAGGAACAUGACAUUCCCGCACUCCAUCAUCUUUUCGAAGGCGCUCAACCACAUGUCUCAUUAUCCGGCGCUGGGCACGCUGGUUCGUCGCCUCGACUUCUCCCAUUUUACCUCGGUGGGAUUGGGGCGCACCAAGCAGAUGAACGCCGAAAUCCAGAACCUGACCUCCAAGACGUUGCUGAAGUGUCUGGACCUGUUGCCCAACCUGAAGGAGUGCUUGCUGCAGGAGCACGUGGAGGGCGACCUGAGUGUGGAGGUUGUGCAGAAGUUAUUCACCGGCCUGCCUAACCUCUUUGCCGUCGACUUCUGUGGUUGCUCCACCCAGUCCUUCUCGGCGGUUUUCCAGGAGGCCUUGACGACGGGCCCUGGCCUGCCCUUGGCGUUGCCAAACCUGAGACGGGUCUCGCUGCAUGAAUGCAGUAGUCUCCCGGCCUCCGUUUUUGAGACCCUCCUGCCCCGCUUGGUUAAUUUGACUCACCUGGACGUUACUCACACUCAGAUUAGUGAGGCGGCCUUGUUCUCCAUUCCAAAAUCCGCGAGAAUCAGCCAUCUGAGUCUGUCCCGUUGUACCCGUCUGCAAGGAUCCAGGGUCGUGGAGUUCUUGGCCACCCAUCCGGCCGUGUGCGAUUCAUUGGUGUUCUUAAAUCUGCUGACGGACCCCACACGGCACCGGCUUUUGGAAGAAGACGACGUCCAUGCGCUACUCCCCACGCUACCCUCUUCUCUUCGCUCGCUCAACAUUGGAGGCGCCAAGGUUACCUCGGCCCAUGCCAAGGCGCUGUUUCCUUUGACCAAACACCUGGAGGAGCUUGGGCUGGGUUCGGCAGAACUAUCCGCCCAGGACUUGAACUCGUUCUUUACUCCCCCACAACGGUCCACCAUGGAUGUGGAUGGGUCAGCUGAGGCGAAAGAGGAGGAAUGGGUCCCGCCAACGCUCUGCUAUCUAGACCUCACCAAGGCUCCUCAGCUAUCGCUAGGGACUGUCUUCAAUCCUAGUUCGUGCUUGUUACUUUCGCAACAAAGCUAUCCGCUGCAGGUGAUCGAAUUCCACGAGAAAUUGAUUGCGCCUUUGCGCGAGAGAACGAAGAAUGCACGGGCCUCUCUUGGUUGGACCGUUCGUGAGCUCGGUCGGCGGGGAUGGUACGUCCGUGAUCCGGCUUCUAUGCCUCUCCAAGCGCCUGAUGACGGCUCUCGCCCCUGGAAAAUGGGUGCCAGAUGGUGGGGAAUGAGAAAGAUCCCCGUUGCCGUUGGGGACGUAGGCGGUAUCUACGGUCACUACAUGUUCAAAAAAUGAACACGGGUAGAGGACAGGAAAGCCUCAAAUUUUGUUUCUUGACUUCUAAUCUUCUCAUGGAAGGAAUGAUUAUACCCUACUUUUAUUACUUUUGUUGGUGGUUUGCUCGGUCCAUUUGUUUCUCUCCUAUCAUGGGCGCUUGUUUGGCUAUAUCCGGGCAGAUUGUACAAGGGAAGCAUGAGCGACAAAAAAGUCGGUGUAUUUGUUGUAUGCCUCACGAUUAGCUUUUGCUUGAAUUGUCUGCAUAGCGGGAUCGAUGCUGUUCAUUUUGAGCGUUAGGAUUUCGAGUGUGGUCUUGCUUUUGUGUGUUCUUCUGGUGUUGCGAUAUCCCCAUUCUUCAUGGUUUCUGCAUGGUUGUGUUUGGGUAUGACCUUUUUUUAUUUUGUUAUUGUGUUUCAUUUUUUUUCCUUUGUUUGGCGAG